AUGGCCAUCAACUAUCUCAUCUUGCUGUCACGGCAGGGCAAAGUGAGGCUUGCGAAGUGGUUCACCACGCUCUCGCCCAGAGAGAAGGCCAAAAUCAUUAAGGAUGUCUCUCAACUUGUUCUCUCUCGACGGACUCGAAUGUGCAAUUUUCUUGAAUACAAGGACAGCAAAGUUGUGUAUCGUCGCUAUGCGUCCCUCUUUUUCAUCGCCGGCUGUGCCUCCACAGACAAUGAAUUGAUCACCCUUGAGAUCGUUCACCGAUACGUUGAACAAAUGGACAAGUACUAUGGAAAUGUGUGCGAGUUGGACAUCAUUUUCAACUUCCAAAAGGCAUACUUUAUUUUGGAUGAAUUGCUUUUGGCCGGCGAGAUGCAAGAAAGCAGUAAGAAAAACGUGCUGAGAUGCAUAAGCCAGCAGGACAGCCUCGAAGAUAUGGAGUCAAAACUAAUCGCGGGCAUUACUUGCAUUCAGGUUGAAGAAGACGUCACCAAAAUCAUGUAG